AUGUCUAUCAAUCCCGUCCCCAACUACGACCACCUGCGGCGCAAGAACAGCAGCAAGUCCUUCCUCGCCCGCAACGACUCAUACCGACGAUCGACCCGUGGCAGCGACGGCACCAUCAACUCCACCAUAUCUUCGGCUGCCGCCUCGAGCGCUCGGACGAACAUCACGGCGCCGCCAGAGUACAGCAAGAAGUUUGUCGUGGUCGGCGAUGGCGGCUGCGGCAAGACAUGUCUGCUGAUCAGCUACAGCCAGGGCUAUUUCCCAGAGAAAUACGUCCCGACUGUCUUUGAAAACUACAUUACUACUGUUGAGCACAAGCCUUCUGGCAAAGGCGUCGAGCUCGCACUGUGGGAUACUGCAGGACAGGAAGAAUACGACCGUCUGAGGCCGCUCUCAUACCCAGAAACAGAUCUGCUCUUCGUAUGCUUUGCGAUUGACUGUCCGAACUCGUUGGAAAACGUGCUUGACAAGUGGUACCCGGAAGUCCUCCACUUCUGUCCUACAACACCGAUAAUCCUCUGUGGGCUCAAGUCCGACCUUCGCAACAAGCGCACAUGCAUCGAACUGCUUAAAACACAGGGUCUCACGCCCGUAACCAAAGCCCAGGGAGCAGAUGUUGCGAAAAAGAUGAGCGCCAUGUACAUGGAAUGCUCGUCAAAGGAGAUGACGGGGGUGCACGAGAUCUUUGACACAGCAAUCGACACGGCCGUACGGGGAGGUUCAUACGACCACGGUGGCAGCGGCAGUGCACCUGGAACAAGAAACGGCGGUGGAGGCGGCAUGACGACACUGAACGGUGCGCAAGUGCGCAGGAAGAAGAGGAGUAAUUGCAAGAUCCUCUGA